AGGAGAGCCGCUGAAGAAGGGCGCUGACACGGGGGACACCAGGCAGAAUAUCUGAUGGGAGAGAUUUAGGACCUGAGGGAGCCGGGAGACCCGAGAGACCACGGCCUGGUCGGCCACCCGCUCUCCUCCCCGGGCGCGAGGCCUAGGAGACCGCAAGCCACCCUCCAGGAAUGCGCGUGCAGUCGUUGCCAUGGCAACGUGCAAGCCUGCGCGGGCCCACUGCUAAAGGAAAGGGAAGGUUGUUGGGGGUGUGGGGGCUGGUCCCCUGGAGGUCCAAACUCAUCACGCGGCGGUGGCACGAGGGAACUGGGGACGUCCCCUCCCCCGUGUCCCAAGUCCUUUGGGAGCCACAGCGCAAGUCACAUCGCCUCUCUGAGCCUCAGUUUCCAUAUAUGACAAAUGGAGGCAAGAUUAUUGGUUCCAAGUUCCCCGAAGAGUUAUCUGGAGGGUAAUGAUCCAGGCUAGUCUCCACUUAUGGUUGGACGUCCAAGGAAUGGGUUUACACCGCUCGGAUAACUCCUGCGACCCCACCCCACCCACAGGCCAGCUCGCCAUGGCCCUCUACGGGGCCCUCUUCCUGGCGCUGCUGGUAGGCGCUCACGCAGAGCUCCCAGGCUGUAAGAUCCGCGUCACCUCCAAGGCGCUGGAGCUGGUGAAGCAGGAGGGGCUGCGUUUUCUGGAGCAAGAACUGGAGACCAUCACCAUUCCGGACCUGCGGGGCAAAGAGGGCCACUUCUACUACAACAUCUCUGAGGUGAAGGUCACAGAGCUGCAGCUGACAUCUUCUGAGCUCGAUUUCCAGCCACAGCAGGAACUGAUGCUACAAAUCACCAAUGCCUCCUUGGGGCUGCAGUUCCGGAGACAGCUGCUCUACUGGUUCUUCUAUGAUGGGGGCUACAUCAACGCCUCAGCUGAGGGUGUGUCCAUCCGCACUGGUCUGGAGCUCUCCCGGGAUCCUGCUGGCCGGAUGAAAGUGUCCAAUGUCUCCUGCCAGGCUUCUGUCUCCAGAAUGCAUGCGGCCUUCGGUGGAACCUUCAAGAAGGUGUAUGAGUUUCUCUCCACGUUCAUCACCUCAGGGAUGCGCUUCCUCCUCAACCAGCAGAUCUGCCCCGUACUCUACCAUGCAGGGACGGUCCUGCUCAACUCCCUCCUGGACACCAUUCCUGUGCGCAGUUCUGUGGAUGACCUUGUUGGCAUUGACUACUCCCUCAUGAAGGAUCCUGUGGCUUCCACCAGCAACCUGGACAUGGACUUCCGGGGGGCCUUCUUCCCCCUGACAGAAAAGAACUGGAGCCUCCCCAACCGGGCGGUGGAGCCCCAGCUGCAGGAGGAGGAGCGGAUGGUAUAUGUGGCCUUCUCUGAGUUCUUCUUCGACUCUGCCAUGGAGAGCUACUUCCGGGCAGGGGCCCUGCAGCUGUCGCUGGUGGGGGACAAGGUGCCCCAUGACCUGGACAUGCUGCUGAGGGCCAGCUACUUUGGGAGCAUUGUCCUGCUGGUGAGUGCUGGCAAGGGGCAGGGACUGGCCCGGGGAUACCUGGAAAGGUGCCUAGGUGGGGCAUCUGAGCCUGCAACUCAUGCACCUCUGGCAGGUAGGCCUGGUGGCCUGAGGAAGGGGAGCUUCCAGGCUUCAUGCCCACAGGGCAUUCUCUCCCGCAGGUUUCGAAUCUAUUCCAACCAGUCUGCACUGGAGUCGCUGGCUCUGAUCCCACUACAGGCCCCUCUGAAGACCUUGCUGCAGAUUGGUGUGAUGCCCAUGCUCAAUGAGCGGACCUGGCGUGGGGUGCAGAUCCCACUACCUGAGGGCAUCGACUUUGUGCGUGAGGUGGUGACGAACCAUGCGGGCUUCCUCACCAUUGGGGCCGAUCUCCACUUUGCCAAAGGGCUGCGAGAGGUGAUUGAGAAGAACCGGUCUGCUGAUGUCAAGGCAUCCACUGCCCCCCCACCCUCCACAGCAGCUGUCUGAGCCCUUGACCCCCACACUGGCAGCUGUCAUUCAGGACUCCAACCCCUCUCAGCCCCUCUUUCCCCACAUUCGUAUCCUAUAGUGGCCCCUCUAACCCCCCGUGCCACAGAGAAGACGGGGUUUGAAACUGUACCCAAUUUAAUCACAUAAUCAGUGAAUCAUCAAUUAUAGUCCAUCCACCACCUC